GGAAGUUCUUGCGGAGUCUCCGCGUUCUAAACGCUCCAUGGAUCUGGACCUGUCCUGGGAGCUCAGACAAGGACACAGCAUUCUGACCUGACUACAAAGUAACAGCUGCCCCUAGGUCUAACAGCCAGUUGGUGGGGCAGCCAUGCUGUGUCGCUGCUCUUUAUACCCAGUGAGGAUUCUGAGGAGGAGGAAGAGGCUAUUCCCUGAGACAGAUGGAUUACAUCUCCCUCAGAAGUAUAUGUAUCACUCACUAUGCACCAAAGAAUUCCGCAGGCUUAGCCCUCGUGUUUUCCUUAUUUCCAAAUCUCAUGGAUUGUUCUGGUGUCCUCCAGCCUUGCGUUGUAUGAGUGAGGCAGCAACAGGUCCAAUUGAGCAUCACCGCCAACGUCUUUCCGCCUGGUUCAGUUGUCUACCAAGUGAGGAACGUCAUUUUGGGCCUUCCUUCGCUCUUGAUUCAAUCCAUGUGGAUCCAGUUAUCAAUGAAAGCACUGUGGAGGAAAUACUGAGCCCUAAGUCUGACCAUUCUUUGCUGACCCCACUGAACCGUCGUAUUAUCACUGUUGCAGAGCUGUUCCACCCAGAUAGCUCUGGAAAGCCAGUGCGAAAUGUGGUUCUAUACGGAACAGUGGGAACUGGAAAAAGCACCUUAAUCCGAAAGAUGAUCCUGGAUUGGUGCAAUGGACGAAGGAAUGAGUUCCAGCUCAUCAUCCCUUUGUCUUGUGAGGAUCUCUCACAGGUCACAGCACCAGUGGCAUUGUCACGUUUAAUCAUGAGAAAGUACCUCCACCUUCGGGAACUUUUACCUAAUCUCUCUCAUAACCCAGGCGUAUUAUUCAUACUGAACAAUCUGGAGUGGAUGAAUUUAGACUUCAGAAUGGCCAAUACGGAGCUAUGCAGUGACCCUAAUGAGCCCUUUCCACCUUCAACCCUCCUUGUGAAUCUGAUAAGAGGGUACCUGCUCCCAGAGGCCAGUGUUCUGGUUACCACUCGUCCAUCAGCCCUGAACCGCAUCCCUGGGAAGUAUGUAGGACGCUAUGCAGAGAUUUGUGGCUUUUCAGACAUGGAACUACAAAAGAUGUACUUUCACGUGCGUCUGGGACAUGGAGAUGCAGAUCCACGUGAGACAGAAAACUUGGCAGAGAUGUUAUCACGUAAUUUAGAACACCACAGCCAACUUUCAGCAGCCUGCUUCUUGCCUUCUUAUUGCUGGCUAACCUGUGCUACGUUACAUCUGCUCUACUAUACAAAAUCUGGUGACCCUCCUACCACCCUCACUGGUAUAUACACUAGCUUUAUGCGUCUGAACUUUGCUGGUGAGAUUCUGGACAUCACACACCCAUCUAAGAUCUCGCUCAUGCGCUAUGUGGCACGCACUGUGGGAAAGCUAGCAUAUGAAGGCUGUCGCUCCAGACGGACAUGCUUUACUGACGCUGACCUCAACCGAUGUUUUCAAGGGGAUUUGGGUAGUGAAGAAGACCUAAACCUUCUCAGUGUAUUCCGAACUGAUGCUUUCCGAUUUUUCCUGACACCCUGUGUCCAACCUGGCCAGGAGAAUCUAUUUGUAUUUACAAUUCCUGCAAUGCAAGAGUACCUUGCAGCACUUUAUGUAGUGUUGGGUGAGAAUAAGACAACACUACAGCGCUUGGGGAAGGAAGUCUCUGAGAUCAUUAGUAAAGCAGGGGAGGAUGUGGUUGCAGUUGUGAAUGUAUUGUCCAAGUUCCUACCUUUAAGAGUUUUUGCUCUUUUUAAUCUGUUACGUGUUGUGCCACGUCUGUUUGGAAGAGUUAGUGGGCAGAACCGUGAGAACAUUGCCCAAACUAUGACUGCGGAGAUGUUCAGGGAAGAAGAUGCUUAUAAUGAUGAUGUUUUAGACCAGAUCAACUCUAGUAUCCUGGGUGUGGAAGGACCAUCCCUCCUGCAGGAUAGUGAUGGUGGUCACAAACCAGAGGCUUUUGAGUUGUUUCCCAUCUUCAUGGCUGGAUUGUUGUCUCAUCAAAAUCGUGCUUUGUUGGACCAGCUCGGCUGUUCAAUCAUGAAAGUGUCUGCAUUUGAAAUAACUACAGCCCUGAAAAAGCAUCUUUUACGCAGCAGCUUGAGGAGACUUCCCCCGUCUGAAUUAAUGGAUUUUCUGUUUUUUUUAUAUGAGUUCCAGAAUGAGGGAUUUACGGCAGGGCUGGUAACCUCACUGCAGGACCUUGACCUUUCCAAUGUGCGCAUGACACCUCUCAAGUGCACCGUGGUAGCAACAGUUAUGGGCGGUAUCAAAAAGCCUCUACUAGAGGUCAACCUUGGUUCCUGUCAUCUAGACCCUGAUGCCAUACACACAUUGUCACAAGUGCUCCGGAAAUGCCAAACCCUAAAUUUACAGAUGAACUCACUGGGUCCCGACUCCUGCCGGGAAAUAAAAGAUGUUCUGUUACACCCAGACUGUGCAAUUACCAAUCUACGACUAUGCAAUAAUCCUCUGACAGCUGAGGGAGCUCGCUUGGUGGCAGAAGCUUUGGAAGGAAACCGCUCCCUGACCCAUCUAUCGCUUCUCCACACUGAUCUAGGGGAUGAUGGGGCAGAUAUAUUGGCCUCCCAUCUGGGAAGGAACAAACACCUGCAAGAACUGAAUCUAGCAUACAAUGGGAUCCAUGACGAGGCUGCCUUGAAGCUGGUGGAGGAGGGUGCACGCCACCCAACACUUGGCAGAAUACAUAUAUAUUUUAAUGAACUUUCGGACAGUGGUCUACGAGCCCUGCAGUCUUUGGGGGAUGUUCGUGUGCUGGUGUCUCUCACAGAAGGAGCAGAUGCCUCCCGUCAUUGGGCACUUAUCCUGAGGGAGCUCCGGGCCAAUGCAGGGGGCUGGGACCAUGAGAAGAUUCGUGCCCACCUCACUCUACUCUUGCGGGAUCUGCAGAGUAGUCGGGAACUAACUGGAAAUCUGUUUCGCAAAGUACGCAUACUGCGAGUUGAGCGCAAGGUUAAAAGCAUGCUAAACCGCAUUCAACAAGGGAAGUUCUGAUGCAGUGUAGGAUAGAGGCAGAUCCUUGCAAUUGCCCAGUAUUACUUCUUUGUUUGCACAUUUUAGAGUAUGACAAAACGGUUACCAUUGAUAUAUGUACUUACACUGUGAUUUGUACACAUUGGGGUUGUUCACUAAAAAGUGUAGGCCAAAAGUGAUGAUUUGUAAUAAUUCUCAACUCUGCUGUAGUCACAGCUUGACUUUUUGCUUGCCGAAACUCUAUUUUCAGUUUGAGUUCACUGCAAUAUGGUGUUGAGCCAAUUGUUGCACUGUAAUGAUCAAUACGUAUCACUGCACCUUUGUCCAUACUUGCAAAGUUACAAAGCUAAUAUGUAGCGCGCAUUAAGAACGGAGGUGUGUUCUUGUGCCUUAUGUCUAUGCAGUAUUAAUCUGUUUUUAUAUAUUUUUUUUGUUUCUAUUUUCUUCUGCAUGACCUGGGCAUUCCUAUUUAGCAGAUGAUUACUCAAUUGUUCAAAUAUAGGGCUAGACUGCGUUAUGAAUAAAGUUUUCUGGAGCAAUACAAACUGUAUAUGUGCAUAGUAACAAAAAGAAGACUUGAAUGAUCACAUGAAGCCAUGGUGAACACUUAUUUUUAAGGACCGACCUUUGCAGUAAAAAAUAAACUGCACAGCCAUGAUUCCUGAAUUUUGGUGCUGUUAACACAUUGCAGAUUGGAGAAAUUGUGCUAUGCAACAGUGUUUGAAUUAGAAAUACUAUUAGAUAUA